GGAGUGAUGGCGGCGUCUGCACCCUCCUCCUCUGCCGGCGAACCGGAUCCCAACUCGACAAAUUUACGACCACCGGGCUCAAGCUAUGAUGCUUGGUGUGGAGUUGCUCAUGGAUGUACUAGAAAAUUGGGAAUGAAAAUAUGUGGAUUUUUGCAGAAGAAUAACAGUCUGGAGGAGAGGAGCAGGAUUGUGAGCUCCCUCAAAGAGCGCACGGCCAAGAACCUGCUGUCCUGCGAUAACAUCGGCGGAGACGCGCGUUUCAGACGCACGGAGACGGAUUUCUCCAAUCUGUUCGCCAGAGAUCUUUUGCCUGCCAAAAAUGGAGAGGAACCAACCAUGCAGUUCUUGCUGGAGGUCGUUGAAAUCCUCACCAACUACAUCCGGAAGACCUUUGACAGAUCCACCAAGGUCCUGGACUUCCACCACCCCCACCAGCUGCUGGAGGGCAUGGAGGGCUUCAACCUGGAGCUCUCUGACCAGCCCGAGUCUCUGGAGCAGAUCCUGGUGGACUGCAGGGAUACCCUGAAAUAUGGAGUGAGAACAGGUCACCCCAGGUUCUUUAACCAGCUGUCCACUGGAUUAGACAUCGUUGGGUUGGCAGGAGAGUGGCUUACCUCUACAGCCAACACCAACAUGUUUACCUAUGAGAUCGCCCCUGUCUUUGUUCUAAUGGAGCAGCUGACACUGAAAAAGAUGCGAGAAAUCGUUGGCUGGCCUGACGGAGAGGGUGACGGAAUAUUUUCUCCAGGAGGAGCAAUCUCCAACAUGUACAGUGUGAUGAUCGCCAGAUACAAGUUCUUCCCUGAAGUCAAGACCAAAGGCAUGGCAGCUGCACCCAGACUGGUCCUCUUCACCUCAGAGCAUAGCCACUAUUCCAUCAAGAAAGCCAGUGCAGCUUUGGGCUUUGGAACAGAAAACCUGAUCCUUUUGAAGACAGAUGAGAGAGGGAGAGUCAUUCCUGCUGAUUUGGAAGCCAAAGUAAUAGAGGCCAAGCAAAAGGGGUUUGUUCCCAUGUUUGUGAAUGCCACCGCUGGUACCACCGUCUACGGAGCCUUUGAUCCCAUCAAUGAAAUUGCAGACAUCUGUGAAAAGUACAACAUGUGGCUUCACGUGGAUGGUGCUUGGGGAGGAGGUUUGCUGAUGUCCAGGAAACAUAGACACAAGCUGAACGGAGUGGAGAGGGCCAGCUCAGUCACCUGGAACCCUCAUAAGAUGAUGGGAGUGCCACUGCAGUGCUCUGCCAUUCUGGUCAGAGAGAGGGGAUUACUACAAGGCUGCAACUCCAUGUGUGCUGGCUACCUCUUCCAGCCAGAUAAACAGUACGAUGUCACAUACGACACAGGCGACAAGGCCAUUCAGUGCGGGCGGCAUGUUGAUAUCUUUAAGUUCUGGCUUAUGUGGAAGGCAAAGGGAUCAGUAGGAUUUGAGCAGCAUAUUGACAAGUGCCUGGAUCUCUCAGCGUACCUCUACAAUAAGAUAAAAACCAGAGAGGGCUUCGAGAUGGUGUUUAACGGAGAGCCACAGCACACCAAUGUGUGCUUCUGGUACAUUCCACCGAGCCUGCGAGGCUUGCCUGAUGGUGAAGAGAGGCGGGAGAGGUUGCACAAGGUGGCCCCAAAGAUCAAGGCCAUGAUGAUGGAGUCUGGGACUACGAUGGUAGGCUACCAGCCGCAAGGAGACAAGGUCAACUUCUUCCGCAUGGUCGUCUCCAACACUGCUGCUACCAGGUCAGACAUCGACUUCCUGGUUGAGGAGAUCGAGCGACUGGGGCAUGACUUGUAA